AUGGAGACUUUAGCAGAGGCUGCCAAGCCUGCGUUGGAGUCAGAGGAAAAUGCCAAACGCAAGGCGUCCGAGGAUCCGUCCUCGCCGUCGGCGACAAAGCGCAUUAAGAGGAGCGCCUCUGCCGAAGCGGAAGCGGAAGCGGAAGACGCAAACCUGGCGAUGAAACCGAUUCCGUUCCCAGAAAAGCCUGCCGUUCUGGAGGAGCGCAACGGCGAGAUCGAGUUUCGGGUGGUCAACAACGACAACGCGCGCGAGAGCUUCAUUAUCCUGACGGGGCUCAAGUGCAUCUUCCAGAAACAGCUGCCGAAGAUGCCCAAGGACUACAUUGCGCGGCUGGUAUACGACCGGACGCACCUGUCGAUUGCGAUUGUGAAGAAGCCACUGGAGGUGGUGGGGGGCAUCACGUACCGACCGUUCCGCGACCGGCGCUUUGCCGAGAUCGUCUUCUGCGCCAUCUCGUCAGACCAACAGGUCAAGGGCUACGGGGCGCAUCUGAUGUCACACCUCAAGGACUACGUCAAGGCGACGUCGCCGGUGAUGCACUUUUUAACGUACGCAGACAACUAUGCGAUCGGCUACUUCAAAAAGCAGGGCUUCACCAAGGAGAUCACGCUGGACAAGUCCGUCUGGAUGGGCUACAUCAAGGACUACGAGGGCGGCACCAUCAUGCAGUGCUCGAUGCUGCCGCGCAUCCGCUACCUCGAGAUGGGCCGCAUGCUGCUGAAGCAGCGCGAGUGCGUGCAGGCCAAGGUGCGCGCCUUCUCGCGCUCGCACGUCGUGCACCAGCCGCCCAAGGAAUGGCGGCCCGGUCCUGGCGGCGUUCAGCCGAUCGACCCGCUCUCCGUCGAGGCCAUCCGCGCGUCCGGCUGGUCGCCCGACAUGGACGAGCUCGCGCGCCAGCCGCGCCACGGGCCCAACUACAACCAGCUGCUGCACCUGCUCAACGACCUGCAAAAUCAUCAGAGCGCCUGGCCCUUCCUCAUUCCCGUCAAUAAGGACGACGUGGCCGACUACUACGACGUGAUCAAGGAACCCAUGGACCUCGGCACCAUGGAGUCCAAACUCGAGGCCGACCAGUAUGCCACGCCUGAAGACUUUACGCGCGAUGCCAAGCUUAUCUUUGAGAAUUGCCGCAAGUACAACAGCGAAAAUACUCCCUACACCAAGAGCGCCAACAAGCUCGAAAAGUACAUGUGGCUGCAGAUCAAGGCCAUCCCGGAGUGGUCACAUCUGGAGCCAUAG